UAUAUCAGUUUUUUCUUCAGAAUGAAAGACCUCAUUGUAAUCGCUUACAUCCUUCUCAGUAUGUCUGGUUUAAGCAAUAUUGUUGCAUAUCCAGAUACAUAUGCUGCGUUCAACCCAAAAUCAUGUAUGCAAAUCAAGCAAAGCUCACCGGAAUCGUUGAGUGGUCUUUACCGCAUUGUGGUAGAUGACACUGUCGUUACGGUGUACUGUGAAAUGGUAAAAGAAGGCGGUGGAUUUACGUUCAUCCCACGCGAGGCUGUGAUCAAAGGCAAACUACCCCAGCUCAUCGAUCAAGUUUUCAAGAACAAAACACAAGUCUUGCUUCGUAUCCAAAAGAAAGAUGGUCUUCAACCAUUUACACUUAUCACACAACUUCCACAAUUUACUCGAUAUAAUCUCGCAGUCUUAAUGCAUAAUUAUAAUGGAUAUACACAGCCUCAAAAUUAUUACAUGCGCGAUUAUCUUUUUCUUGGUGUGUUACCAAAAAAUGUGGCAUGGGCGCAAAGUACUCAAGGUCUGAAAUCAAAUGGAAAAAAUCUUUCAUAUAGCAUCUGCGGCUCUAAUCCAAACUCCUACUUUGUAUUUUAUCCAAAUCAUAAAGAAAUGAAAAUCAGUUCAUCUCACGGAGACAAUUUGAUUUAUGAAUCACAAGGUGUUGCUGUGGACUGGCGUAAUUCUGGUGUUCCUUCGUAA